UUUCGUUUCUUUUUUGUUGCUGCAUCAUUUUCUGUUGCAAUCGAUUUAAUAAGAAACUGUCAUUUAUUUUAGUAUGUACAGAAGUCAUUACCCUGACGCUCCAGGUCAUCACAAUAUGGAUAGCCACACUCGAGUGUCUUAUCGACGUAAUCCUGGAUUUCUGGAGAGGAUUGGUCAGAGUCUGAUUGGUGUACUGGUGGGGAUAGCCCUGCUCAUUGGAGCCUCAGUUCUGUUGUUCUGGAAUGAGGGAAGAGCUGUUAAAACUGCCAAGUCUUUAGAUGAAGGACUAAGCAAGGUUAAGGUCCAGGAAAAUAUUUUUGGGAUCAAUACAAACAAUGAUGGAGCACUAAUCUACAUCACUGGAGAGUUAUCUACUGGAAAGCAACCAUUGGUAGACGAUUUACACUAUGUGACGGUAAAUGCAGUUAAAUUACAGAGAACAGUAGAAAUGUACCAGUGGGUGGAGACUGAGACAAAAAGAGAAUACAAUGAAGGUGGACAAACUAGAACAGAAACCACAUACUCAUAUGAUUUGGAAUGGAGAUCCAAUUUAGUUAAUAGUGACUCAUUUGAUAACCCAGUUGGCCACAAGAAUUCAAGGAAUUUCCCAGUUGAAUCAAAGACACAAGUAGCCAGUCCAGUUCAUGUUGGAAUAUACCAUCUCUCAAGUGGAUUGGUUGACCAGAUAAAUGACUUCCACCCCAUUCCCUCUGAGCUUCUCCCUGUGCCUCAUGAUGGAUACGUGGUGUUUAAUGGGAUGUACUACAUGUCUCAGAACCCCAGGAAACCUCAGGCAGGAGACAUCCGAGUGAGCUAUAAAUAUGCCGGAAUAAGUGGAGAGUCGACAUUAGGGAAACCUGAUGUGGUCAGCAUUAUAGGCAAGCAGUCCGGUAACUCCAUUGUUCUUUAUGAAGCAGAUCAUGGGUAUGACUUGCUCUUUCUCUACAUGGGAAGACAUUCUCCAGAGGCCAUAUUUUCUAAGGAGCAGCAGAAGAACACUAUGAUCUCCUGGGCCGUGAGGUUUGGGGGCUGGCUGCUAAUGUUUGUAGGAUUUGGAUGUUUAACAAGCAUCAUCAGAACUCUAGUUGAUUGGUUACCAAUAAUCCGUGAGCUGGUGGCCAUCGGAGUUACCAUGAUGAACCUUUGUUUAUCCAUCAGCCUGUCUCUAACAGUGAUAGCCAUUGGCUGGAUUGCUUACCGUCCAUUAAUGGGAAUAGCCAUUUUAGCAAUGGCUGCCAUGCCAUUCUUUAUGGCUAAAUUUAGAUCAAGGGGGUCCCAUGGACACACUUCUUAUGAUUGACAGCAUAACUUCUUUAUAUGUAGAAGAUUUUUUUCUACCCAUCCAAAAAAUGUCUUUCAUUCAAACUGUCUUCAUAUAAAUAUUGUAUUCAGUAUUUUGUUCUAGUUUUAAUAUAUUGUACUAGUAGUUGUAAUCUGAAAA